UAAGACUUAAUGUGGGUGUUGAAGGUUGUACGAUGCUUUACACAGUUCACACAGUCAACAUCUCAGUCCAUUGGCAGGUAGUCAGUUCAGCCACUUCCUCUGAUCACGGAAAGAAAAAAGUGAGGCAAGUAGAACAGGAGAUAAAGACAGAAAGUAAGAAAAGCUUGUUUCUACAGAACAGACAGAAAGUGAGACGAGGAGGGAGAGUCAUGAACACUCUGAGGACAGGUGUAUUUGUGCUGUUUGUGCUCCUGGUGCCUGUUUCCUCUAAAGGGAUUUUUUUCACUGAGCCAGUCAUCUGCUACUAUUUGGAUGGGAUCCUGAUUCUUUACUGCAUCUUUGCCACGGUGCUCUUCUUCAGAGAAAAGUUUUACAUCCCAUCUGAGGCUAAAGUGGCUGAAGAUGGAGGCAUUUACCAGGAGCUUGAGAGACUAAAUGAUCCUGAUACUUACCAAACACUUGAACAAUCAAAAGCAAAAAAAAAAACUGGCAAGAAAAAGAAACCCAAGUCGACCAAAGCUGAGGAGAAGGAUAAAGAUCCCUUUGAGUCUUUGGUCCCCAAUGGCUCGGAUCCACCUCCUCCCUCUCCCCACUGAGGUCCUGCAUGCAGAGACAGCAUCGCUAAUUGGACCUGCAACAAUGAGAUGAUUGAUCACUGAUCAAAAGAUGAAUCGGAAAUUAAUUGUUUAAGUAAUAGCCUAUAUCAAGCAAUAAAAAUCCCUUACAUUGUCUGGCUCUAGCUUCUCAUAAAUGAUGAUUUGCUACUUUUCUUUGUUGUUAGUGCCGUGGCGGUUCUAGGCCAUUUAAAAUGGUGGGCUAGAGUCACAAUAACUGUAGGCCUACUGUAAGCUCCUGCAACCAGACAGGCUGAUAACUCUUCAUUUUUGUAAUUUACAUAUCUAGCCUACUAGCCAUACUGGGGGCUACCUGAGGCUGUGACAGCAGUUGCUAACGGGCUAAUGCUAACAAUGCAUGCAGAUGUAUAGCUGUAAUAUUUAUGUUAAGCAUGUUACUUUAGCAUCAUGCUAACAUUUAAACACAAAGUUCAGCAGAAGCUGAUGGGAAUGUCAUUAGUUAUAAAUUAAAAUUCUAAAUUUAAACCUUGUAGUGGCACUAUUUGAACAGCUGUUCUGGCUGCUGUAGCCUACCCGCUGUAAAUUACAACACCAUUGUGCUUCAUCAUGUAACUGAAUGCCAAUAAAAGACAAAGCACAUGUCAAAACACUU